AUAUAUUUAAUGGUGGUGGUCACAACAGGAGACGGUGCCAGCGAUAACUUGACACAAGACCCAAACCAUAUUUAUGUGUUUAAUGUUGUAACAGUACAAAAGGGUUUUAUUAUCACCUUAGCCAAAUAAGCCCAAGGCACCUACCCUUCUCAGCACAACAGACUAAGGUUCUAUAGGUUUUAACGCUUGGAGCACAAGAGACUGAGAGUAGGAAACCUGGAUUCUAUCUUAGUUCUACUGCUGAUUUGUGGGGUUACUUUGAGCAAGCUCCUAAUCCUCUCUGUCCCUUAGUUUUCCGCUCAGUGCAAUGGAGACAGUAAUAUUGACCCAUCUCGUGGUGGGACUGAGAAUUAUUUAAUGUCUAUCUGUAAAGUGUUUUGAGUUUAGACAGGAGGUGCUAGCGAAGGGCAAACAAUUAUUCUUAGAGCUGAGUCCAAAUCAUUAAGUGUGCAUCUGGAUCUGACAUUUUUCUAUGUUUCCAUGAGUGUUUGGAUCCAGGAUUCUGGUUCUAAACUAUUAGAGAUCAGGGACAAUCAUGGAGUUCUGGUCCAGACUGAAACAUUCCCCGAAGUCAUGUUUGGUUCCAAAGUUUUUGUUUGGUUCUAAGCUGUCUAGGUUGUCCUUUUUUAUUAUUUAAAAUAAUGUGUACUAUUAAUAAAAAUUAUUUUAUUUAGAUUAAAAAUAUAAUGGGAAAAAUUUCUAGCUGCAUUAAGAUUUUCAAGCUCCAUUUCUUUUUACUGGGUCUUAAUUUUUGACCUGAACAAAAUUGAUCCAGUCCCUUUUACUCUAUCCACCUCUUGACAGUGUCUCUCUCUACCUCCAAUGUUUUAUUGCUAUUUUUCCUUGCAGGCACAUGUCAGACUGAGACUCUGGGAAGAGAAUUCAUCACCUCCUACAUGAAGGAGUGGGAACUCUCGUCAAUUUGAAUUGCAAAUUACUGGUUACUUAGCCUUCACUUCAGUGUCUGUUUUCAUCUCCAAUUACCUGUUUCACAGGGCAAGGUUAGAGAAUAAGACUAUGGUAAAUCAGGGAGAGAUGGUGCAGGUCAGGCUACCAGAGUCAGUGGGAGUUGAGGGCAGUGCCACGUUCUCCAACGUGGUCCUAGUCAAGGCUGACAAAGAUAUCUCGGUAGUGUCUGUCAGUAACAAACAUGUGAGCCCUGAGACCACUGUGCUGUAUCCUGUCUCCAGCUUAGGAAAUGAACACUACGUAGUGACUCCCUCUACGGAACCCUUAGAUAGUUAUCCAGAGUUCUCUGUUAUAACGUACCAAGAGCCCAACUCCAUGGAGAUCCAUGUGAAAGGCAAGUUACAUUACCUAACACAGGUCCACUCCACUGACAGCAAACUGAAAUUUAAGCUUCUCAGUUUACAAGGCAUCCAGUUACAAGGCAUAGAAGAUCUGUCUGGCACCAGGAUUGUCUCAGAAAAGCCAGUGGCCGUCUUGGUUGGCCAGGUGUGUUUUUGUAAUAGCACAAAAUGCAACCACAUCUUUGAGCAGCUCCUACCAGUUUGCAGCUGGGGUACAACAUACAUCAUUCCUCCCUUACCCUGGCAGAAAGCAGAUGAAAUAAUCUAUAUCACUGCUUCCCAGAGCACAACUGUGUUGUAUCAACGAGGGGAACACCAAGAGAAUGUUACUCUAACAGGAGGCAGUGUACACCAACUUCCUGUCAAGCCCUCUAUCCCAGUCUACAUCUCUGCUAAUGUGAGCAUCCAGGUGAUGUUCUACAGCCUGGGCGCAGCUAUCCCUAAUUCCUCCCAUGCCUUCCUGAUGAAUGUUCCAGAUGUUGCCAGUUACUGCCUGAUGUAUUCUAUAAAUAACCAGGAGGGCUUCCAGAACUUUGCCUUGAUGGUGGCCAAUACAUCAGAGACUGGUGCCAUCAUCUUAGACAAUCAGCGUCUAAGGAGUGUGGAUUGGAACCAAGUCCGGGGCACUAAGUACGUUUGGGGCAUGCAUACGCUUGGACCUGCCAUGAGAUCCCAUGCUGUGAAACACGCCAGCUCUCCAUUCGCACUCUUGAGUGUUGGCACUGCUGCGAUGGACAGCUAUGGGAUUCCGGGUUCCUGCAGGAAGAAUGUUACCUUUAAAUGCCAGACUGAGACUCAACAGAUAAAAGAGCAGUUGAAGAUGUGCAAAGAUGUCUUUCAGCAGGGCAGCACCAGUGAAUUUUGCUCCUUCAUGAAUUCAACCUUAGUGAAUUUGGAGACCAUGUGUGCAGAGGACAGAGCAGCAUCGCUGGAGGAAGUUGCUUGCCCCUUUGGUUCCUUCUUGAAUAGCUCCAUCCUCAGUACUGGUGGGAAUGAGAGCAAGAGGGAGGUGGCCUCUGCCAUGACCCUCCUCUUGCGGAGUGUGGAAUUGGCUGCACUGACGGCUGCUUUAAGGUCUCCUGAGAAGAAGACCCAGAACGUCACAACAGAGUUUAUGGCUAUCGAGACGCUCCUCGUCCCAGCUGCAGGUCGCUGUGAUGAGGUCUUCAGGCUGAGAGGUCAGAAUCAGACAAUGGACAUUCACUGCAAUGCUGUCACCAGAGCAGCCACAAAAGAUCCUUGGGCUGUUGCUUUUAUUUCUUACUUCACCCUGGACGACAUCAUUAACACAACAUUUCUCAAAGAGGGAGAUCUAAUGGCUGAUGAGAAAUUGAGGAAUUUUCACCUGAAUUCCAGGGUGGUGAGUGGGGCUAUCGGAGAUGGGAGGCCCAUGAACCUCUCCAAACCUGUGAACUUCACCCUGUGCCAUAGACAGGCAAAGAAAGAAGAGGAAGAGGCUCGCUGCGUUCACUGGAAAUUCAUCUCUGGGAAAGGCACCUGGGCUGAGGAUGGCUGCAAAAUUCUCCAGACGAACAGCACUCACACCAUCUGCAGCUGUGACCAUCUCUCCAGCUUCGCACUCCUGAUGGGUCUCACCGGAGUGGAGGUAUCUCAGUGUCAGACUCAGAUCAAAGGGCUGGACUCUGAGCUCCUUACGUGGACAAAAUCAGUGGGAAUUUUGCCUGAAUGACCGCUGAGUAGGAACCUCAGGGUAUAAUCUGUGGCCAUACAGGAUGGGCGGGGUUUUGAUCUGAGGUGCCUAGAGUAGCCCACACUGAAAAUGCCAAGGUCAUGGCAAGCUGCACAAAGGAGAGCAGAUUUCCCCAGAACUGGUGGUUAACACUGUAGUUAGAAUCACCAACCAGUCACAAUCUGUGCUCCAGAUCCCCAACACUGGUUAUUGAGAAGCUGAAAAAAAGAAAUCACACAGCCCCCUUUAUUGCAUUCCAGUCUCUGGCUCCCAAUCAGCAGAUAGGGCCAGUAAAAUCAGAAGUUACUUAAAACUCUAUUCACUUAACAAAAUGUUCUUCUGAUCUCCCAAGGGGCAGCCACAUUGUCAGGUCAAUAUUAGUUUGGCUCUUACCCAAAAUACCGUGCUGCCAGUCAAUCCUUUGGUAUCUAAAAGUAAAGGUUUUUAUUAUAAA